ACGUAAAAAGAGCGCAGCGAGCGAGUGACGACGACGAAGACAGCCAAUCAAAACGCGAGGCGAAAAAAAAGUGUGUGAAGAAGAGUGCUCUCCAUCAUCAUCACCAGGAACAUUCGGGGGUGAGAAAUAAUUCCGUGAAUUCUUAGUUCAAUCCGCGAUCCAGGUCGGAUAUUCCAUCGUGGAUCCCAAUUAGACGCUGCCAGCUUCAUUUUGCGCUAGUCCCACGCAUUGCGUCUGAUCUAGCGCUCUUGUAGUUAAACAAGUUUUAGAGGAUUUUAGAAUCUAUAUAGCGGCACGAAAAUGUUCAUCUGGGAUUGGUUUACCGGUGUCCUGGGAUAUCUGGGCCUAUGGAAAAAAUCCGGCAAACUACUAUUCUUAGGUUUGGAUAAUGCCGGUAAAACGACUUUGUUGCACAUGCUCAAGGAUGACAGAUUGGCGCAGCACGUACCAACGUUACAUCCCACGUCCGAGGAGCUGUCCAUUGGUAACAUGCGAUUCACCACAUUUGAUCUGGGUGGACAUACGCAAGCUCGUCGCGUUUGGAAGGAUUAUUUCCCAGCAGUGGAUGCGAUCGUGUUCUUGAUCGACGCCUGGGACCGCAGCCGUUUCACCGAGAGCAAAAACGAACUGGAUUCAUUGCUAACUGACGAAGCCCUGUCCAACUGCCCGGUGCUCAUCUUGGGCAAUAAAAUCGACAAACCAGGCGCAGCUAGCGAGGAUGAGCUUAGGAAUCACUUUGCCCUAUAUCAAUUAACCACCGGAAAGGGUAAAGUGGCGCGUAACGAACUCCCCGGACGUCCACUGGAACUGUUUAUGUGUUCGGUACUGAAACGACAGGGUUACGGAGAAGGUUUCCGCUGGCUCGCUCAGUACAUUGACUAAUAAAAGAGAUCCGAUUUGUGCGCUAGAGAUGUAAAACAAUUGACAAACUAAGAUCAAUGGCUGCAGCGCGGUAACAACCAACGAUUGGUGUUAAACAACAUACAUAAAAGAAACACAAACACACACAUACUUAUAGAAAGCGCAUGAGAAAACUAUUGCAAUCUUCUCUAUUGCAAUUUAAGUUAGGGCAACCUUGGUAGUUUUCCGGGCAAUGGGUCUAAAAAGUAUUUAGGGUCGCGUGAUAUUUAAUAAAAGAAAAUAGUUGAAACCAAUUGAAAUAGAACUUAUGUUUUGAACAACGUGAAUCAUUUAAAUACACAACACAAUGAGCAAGAAUACAUCAGAUAGUCAACGCAAUUGAUGUUGUUUUCAGAUGUGUUCAGCAUUGUCGGUAAUAAUGUGUUUGUUUUUGAAAAAAAAAAACAUUACAUAAAACAGGAAACCCCUUAACGCAUCCAUAGCUAAAACGUUUUAUUACUUGUAUGUUUGAUCCUAUUUUUUCAACUUGUGUUAUUUUAUUGUUUUGUAUUCAACCGAUAGGUAAUUAUUCCGUCUCCCUAAACGAAUAGUGUUGGCAUUUAGUUUAUCUACUUCCAAAUCCAUCGAUAAAAAAGACAUAGCGAGGAACUUACAGCCCAUCCUCAACUGCUUACAAGGGAACUACAAAAAAAGAUCAGAUUUGUGAACAAAAAUCAGGCAUUAUGUUAUCUACCAAUCAAUAAACUCCAGAAUUUUUAGAUAUAAAACUACAAA